CCAGAACACAAAGAAGAAGAAAAAAGAAAGAGGGAAAAAACAACCGCCACCAAUCACGUGAAUCACCAAGAAAUUCCCUCCAUCUUCCGUCGGACGGAGGACCGAGUUCUGCAACAAGGCAAAAGAUGGCCUUCUUCUGCAGCUUCUUUCUCUCCAUAUCCCCACCACCCACCUCCUGCAACCUCCUCCAAUCCCCACCACUAUGCCUUCCCAGACCCCUAACACUUCCAGCACCCAAACUCAUGAGGAUGGUCAUGGCUUCCUCUUCAAGAAGAGGCACCAUUCCAGCAAGGGACAUGGUGAUAGACUAUGGCAAGUAUAGAGGAAGAAUGCUUGGGACCCUCCCUUCCUCCUACCUCAAAUGGGUCUCCAAGAAUCUCAGGGCUGGGGACUACCAGGAGUGGGCCGACCGUGCAGACGAAGUCCUCGCCGACCCCGUCUACGCCGACCGCAUCGAGUGGGAGAAUGCUCAGAAAAUCCUAACCGGCAAUGAGGUAUCGCGAGUCGCCGGGACGAGGAGCCACUCGAAUUCUUUCACCCAAAAACCGGUUUCUGAUCUGUUGGACAUCAGUAGGCGUUUUGGCUGGGACAACGAUGAUAAGGAAGGCUGGAGAAAGGUCGAUUUCAACCUUCUGGGGACGUCGAAAGGCGGAAGGAUACCGCGACUUAAGGAUACGCAGAGGUCGAGCGGGGCGGUGCCUUAUCACGAUGAUGGUGGUUCGCAUAGGUUGUCUUCUUCAUCUUCCUCCCCUUUGAUUAAAUCGAAUGGUGACGGCGACAAUGUGAGGUCAGGGGUUGAGAGGAGGCGGGAACUGAGGAGGGAGAGGCAGAGGAUGAGGAAGACGGAGGAUGGUGGCGAUUUAGUUCAGCAGCAACACCAAAGAUCGGUAAAAAGCUCCUCUUAUUCGCCGCCGUCCGCGGAGGGCGAGAGGCGCAACCCUUUUCCGGGACGUCAAGCCAUUCUGAGAAAGCUCGAGAUGAACAACCGCGGCUGAAUAGGGACGAAUAAAUUCACGAAAAGGUUUUUGAAGGCUGACAUUGGGUGGACAGUGACAGAAGGCGGUUUGCUUCUCUGCUGCUGAGUUCUAUCUUUAAAAUAUUAGAGAAGGAAACCAUGCGAAACAUUUCUUUUUAUAAGGGAAAGGCGGUCAAGAAU